AAGAGAGGAGCUCUGUGCCCGAGCUCCUCUCAGUGGUUUGCUGGGGCCCCGUUCGGCCCUAAUAGGCGGUCCGGACUCGGACCGUAGGGGAGUGGGGACCCAGGCGUUUGGGUUGGUGGUCGGCGGCUGCGGCCGCGGUGGCAUUUUUCGGCCGAUUCGGCCUGUGGGGAGGCUGGGUCGGGGGUGGACCGCGGCAGCAGCGGCGGCAUUGUGGGUGUUGGGCCGAGUCUGCGGCCACGUGGGGCAGCAGUGGCGAUCUAGCCUUUGGUGGGGGGGGCGGUCCGGCCGGUAUUUGGGCUGAUUGGCCUGGAGGGGCCCCCGGGUGGGGGGAUUGUUCUAGGCUGCUGGUUGCUUGGGCUGCGAGCCCACUAGGGGGUGCUAGGGACUCCCUGGGAGGCUGUUGGCGGGCUGACAGGCCCGGGUGAUUGACAGCUCUUACAGGCCCGGGUGAUUGACAGCUCUUAAGGCUUUUUCCCUCUGUCUCUGUUGGGCCUUCUGGAUGUGGCUGCCUGGGAGGAGUGUGGCCUAGCACUGUGGGGUGUGAUCAGUGGGAAUGCUGCUUGUUUUGGAUUAGUCGAUAUAUCUAAUUAAAAAUAAAUAGAUAGAUAUAAAAUAAUUAAGUAAAUACAUAAAUAUAUAAAUAAAUUUAUUAAUUUAAUUAAACAAAAAACAAAAAACCAAACUAGUAGAGACAGAAGGAGUAUUGAACAAUUUCGUACGUAAUAAAAUCAAAUAAGGGUAGAGUGGUCAUGCCUCCCAGGAAGGCAAAAGGGAAAGCCGGGGGGAAGCCGAUCAAGCCUCCUAAGCGUCCUGCACCCCAGUCUUCAUCGUCGGAUGAGGAUGAUGGAGAAAUGACCCUCAUUAAGGGGAUGAUACAGCGGCUGGAGGCUUUGGAGCGGGCCAAGGCGCUGCCAUCAGAUAUGGGGGCAGGGCCUUCUGGUAAGGGGGGCAGAACUCGGACGAGGGGGGCCGCAAGGACUCAGUUAAUUGAUUCUUUAUCUGUCAGACUGAAGGCCAUGGAGGAGAGGCUAAGCGGCCCGAGUGAUGUGCCAGUGGUAGUUUUGGACGAGGCAGCAGUUCCGGGGGUGUUGCAGCAGGAGGAGUCUUCGGCGGCGGUGGAGAUGUCAGCUGUUGCUCAGCCGGGUGCUGGCGGGGCAGCGGCUCCGGUGAGAGGUGCUGGCGGGGCGGCGGCUCCUGUGAGAGUACUCCUGUGUGGCCAUUCCUUGGUGUUUUGGGCAUACAAGAGGGCCAGCGCCUCACGUUUUGGGACCCAACUCGGUCUGGGACAGCAGUCCAGAGUGUCUUGGUUGGGUAUGCGGGGGAUGCUUUGGGGACAGUUACUCCCAACUCUGUUAGAUUAUGUUGAUAGGUGUUCCUGUCCGGAUAUUUUGGUCGUGCAUUUGGGUGAGAACGAAUUGGGCAAGCGAUCAGGUCUCUCCAUCAUUCAACAAGCCUCUUCUGAUUUUGGGUCCUUGCGGGAUAGAUUUCCAGGGAUGAGGAUUGUGUGGGUCGAGUGGCUCCAGCGCAGAGUUGGGCGCGGGGUGCACUCUCUAAGGGGGGUUGAACGAGCUCGACGUAAGGUGUCUAAGGCUAUUGGCCGGCUCGUUCUUGAGGAUGGGGGCUGGGUGUAGGCACAGCCCGGCCUGUCGGCUUCAUUGCCGCACUUGUUUAGGCCUGACGGGGUCCACCUGUCUGUUCAGGGCUGCGAUUUGUACCUAUCCAAUAUUCAGAGGCGGCUUGGGGAAGUUGUUGGGGAGUGGUGGGGCAGGAAGGCCAAGCUAGGCUGACCUCCCUGUGUGGCAGGGACAGUGCGGGUUUUGGUGGGAAAUAGUUGGGUUUAACUUCGGUGAGCACCCUUGGGACGAGUUAAUUGGUGAUUGGUCAGUCGCUCCCUUGUGGCUUGUGCGGCCCAGGGAGGACGACUUGCCAUGAACCGGCUUCAGGACUUUGCAGAUCCUUGGGCUGCGCGGUCCGGGGUGUGCAAAGCCUAGAAGGUUCCAGACCCUCGAUUGGGGGUUGGUUGAAAGGAGACGGAUCAGGACAGUGCCUGAUGCUCUCCUGAGCCAGGGUGUGUCGCCCAAGCAUGGUCAGGGGUGGACUCGGUGUCCAAACCUGGCCAAUGCUAGGCCCCGCACUGUCUAGGUGGUUGAACAUCACUGUCAAGUUCGCUUGCUCACAGUUGAUUCUUGUAAUAAAGUUAUGACCAAUUCACCCAACAAAUU